AUGCAGAACGGCGCUUGGCUGGCGGAGCCGCCUCACAUCCCCAGCACCGGCUCGGUCCCAGCCCCUCCUUUGGGGGCGUUCAUGGGGCUCCCUCACAAGCCUACCUCCUACAGCCAGCAACCGCCUCUUGUACCACCUAGGGCUUCCUCAGAAGUACUUUUGUCUUGUGAAGAACCUCCUCCUAGAAGGGUUAAAGAAGUGCCUACUGAAAGAUGGGACAAACCUCCCUAUCCACAUGGCACUCAAGUAACAUACAGAUGUCGGCCUGGGUAUAUAAAACUUGGACGAAUUGUGUUUGAGUGUGCUGAUGGAGCAUGGAAGCAACACCUUCCAGGGGCAGAAUGCAGAAAUAAGCCCUGUGGACAUCCUGGAGAUACUGAGUUUGGUUCCUUUGAACUUACCAGUGGAAGUGAAUUUGUAUUUGGUGCCAGAGUUGAGUACAGAUGUAAUGAGGGAUACCGGAUGCUCAGCCAAAGAAAUUACCGUGAGUGUCAGGCAGAUGGAUGGAGCAAUGACAUCCCUCACUGUGAAGUGGCAAAGUGUUUACCCGUACAAGCACCAGUAAAUGGAAGAAUAAUUAUGACUGGUGCAUUUGAGCUAGGCCGAGAAUAUUCCUUUGGCCAAGUUGUAAAUUUUGAAUGUAAUGCAAAAUACAAGCUUGUUGGAUCUAAAGAAAUAAUUUGCUCUUCUAAUGGAAAAUGGAAUAGUGAUGUGCCUCAGUGCCAAGAGAUUAUCUGUGAUGUACCAGAAAUUCUGCAUGGAUAUGUACAUUCUCCAAAGGCAUCUUACAAGGAAUCUGAACAGCUACAGUUUGCCUGUAAUGAAGGAUACAGAUACGGUGAAAGAGCAGAUGUACAAUGUACUGAAUCAGGAUGGAAUCCAACCCCCUAUUGUACUGAAAUUGUAUGCUCUCCUCCAAGAAUUCCAAAUGGGAACUUUAGACCUCAAGAAGACAACUACAUCGUAGGUGAUAUAAUCACAAUACAGUGUAAUCCUGGAUAUCAUUUUAAAACAUUGACUGGCAAAAGCACAGCUGAAUGCACCAAGAAUGGCUGGGUGCCUGAUCCGGGUUGUGUCCAGAAGCCGUGUGACUACCCAGCCAUAGAAAAUGGCAAGUUAAGUGAAAGACUGGAGUACCACAAAAACUAUUACUUUCCGAUGAGUUUUGGGCAGCAUGCUGAUUACCACUGCAUUCAUGGUUAUACAACCCCGAGUGGAGAAUACUGGGUUCGAAUGGUCUGUUCUGAAAGGGGCUGGUAUCCAGAGCCAAAAUGCCUCAAAAAAUGUCACGUCAGACAGCUGGAAAAUGGUUAUUUCUCAUAUGGACAGAAGAAUGUUUACAAGGAAGGCGAAAGAGUUAAAUAUGUCUGCAGUGAUGACUAUUAUGCUGAACACGAAGAUGGGCAAGUCACGUGCACAAAGGAUGACUGGUCACCUCCUCCAAGAUGUAUCCGUAAAA